CAGCAGUUAUUGGACAUUCUAAUGAAUUCUAUGCCAAAACAAGAGAGACAUACUGAAUCAUUGCUUGACAUUUGUCAUGAUACAAACUCUUCUCCAACUGAUAUGACAGUUACUAAAAGCCAAAAUAUACUCUUGCAAAGCAUCAGCAGCAGUGAGGAGUUGGACCAAGAUGAUGACUGCAGUCAUUCUAUAUUGGUUAGUGAAGGAGGAGAUCCAACUGGUGAUGGACGAGAUUGGCAAACGAGGACAGAAGGUGUCGAGAUCAUUGUUACUUUCCCAAGAGAUGUUCGUCACUCCCAACAAAUGAGCCAAGAAGAUUUAAAAGAAAAUGAUCAGAUAACCUCAGUGCAUCAAGAAUGGGCACAAGCACAUUCUGUUUCUCUUCCAAAUGAAACUGAGAUGAUGGACUUCAAGACAAAGAUGUCAACCACGCAGACUUUGCUUCUGAAAGAGAAAAGUUCCAAGGAGCUCUGUGAUGAGAACUUGGGCAUUUUGUUGCCAAGACCUUGCUUGGAACCAAACAUCUCCAAAUCUGUAGCUAGAGAAAAUGUCUCUCACUUUCCGAAGGGCCAGCAAAGAAAAUCUGAAGAGUUUUCUACCACUGAUAAGAAGUACGGUUGCCGAAGAAUUGAGUUCCCUCUGCCACCAUUGUCAUUCUUGCCCAAGAGACCAGGUCUCCUUACUAUCCCUCAAAAUCACAAGGAUCAAAAAGAGAGAGAAGGAAAGAUUCCAAGCCUCAUAUCCUUUGUGCCUAAGCUCUCAGAGCCUGUUAGUCGAUCUGAUGAGUUUAGACCGUCAAACAAGCAACAGGAAGCCCCGUUUAAGGUGUUCGUGGAUCAGACUCUCAGGUCUCCUGAUAACUCUAUUUGGUCCAGAAACAUGUGCUCUUUUUGGAGGGCUAACCAUCACAGACAAUACCUGGAGGUGGAGGAGAAUGAGAAAUCUAAGGUAACAGAAAGAUGUGACAAAAGUCAAAUCUCUCACUUUGAAAAGGGGCAGUCUUUGUUGUCCUUUAAAAAUUUUAAGGAAAGAAAUGUUCCUACAGAUAGAGAAGUGGAUAUUGACUGCCAUGAUAGUGAAAUGAAAAAAGCAGAAGAGAACUCUCAAUAUCUUUCAUCAGGUAAGAAAGAGGGUUCUGUAGCCAGAAGUUAUGAACAAAAUUCAGAAGUUGGAUGUACCAUACAAAUCAAGUUCCAAGAAGACCAGCAUUCAGAAAUAACUCUAAACCAGGAUAAAGAGACUAGAAAUGAUAAAGCUGAUUCAAAAAGUGCUUCAGUACAUAAAGGUGAAGUAACUGAGCCAAACCACACUUUAGAAGAGUUUACUGUAUUUAACAAUUUGUCCCAUGUAGUCCCUGAUGGCCCCAUUGAAAAAAUCCCAGAAGGCCACAGUAGCAUGGAGACAAACAUAAAAAUAUCAAUAGCAGAGGCAACCAAACCAGAAAUAAAUGGGAUGGUGCCUCUUAUCCACAUCACUUUCCCUGGAGAUGGAACUCCUAAGGAACCAGCAAUGGCCAAACCAAGCCUCCAAAAAAGAAAAGGCACCCUUCACAAUAACAACAGCUUCAACAUACUUGCACACCAAGACAAUGACAGGCAUAAGGUGAAAACCCAUAGAAAUAAGUUGGAUCUAAAAACCAAGAACAGUAACGGGACACCUCAGAAUUUCAUGAUUUCCAUUGAAAGUUCCGUUAAGCCUACCAUGCAUAAAACCAGCAUAAAAACUCAAAUUUUCCCUGCUUUGGGUCUUGUUGACCCCAGACCUCAGCAAUCACCAAAGUUUCAAAGGAGAAUGCCACAGACGGAAAAGAAACAAUCAGCUUACCGGGCUCUGAACCCUAAAAAACAGUCAUUUCCUUGCAUCUGUAAAAAUACAGGAAUAAAAAAGUCUUCAGUUUCUCUCCCUGUUCAGUCAACAGAGCCAAGACUAAAUUACCUAGAUCUUAAGUAUAGUGACAUGUUCAAAGAAAUCAAUUCAACUGCUAACGGACCUGGAAUCUAUGAAAUGUUUGGGACCCCUGUUUAUUGUAACAUGCGAGAGGCUGAACAGCGUGAAAACAAAUAUUAUCGAGAGAUAUGCUCAGCUCCAUCAGGCAGAUGUAUCACCAAUAAAUGCCGGUCUUCACACAAUGAGAGGAGCAGCAACAGCAGAACAAGACUUUCUCAGAAAAGACCACAUGCUAAACCCCCAAAGGCUUUGCUUGGAAUUAAACAAAAGCACAAAAGUUUAAUUUCUAAAGAAAGAGUUUGUAAGGUUGUAGGUAGCAACGUACAAGACAUUGAAAAUGGUGGUGGUGUUUCAGAACCUGAGUGGCAGAUAACGUUUUCAGGAAAUGACUUUCUAUCUUCUGAAGAUGAAGUUCAGCCCAUUAACUUCGCUCAGAUUCAUGAGCAGUCCACUGAGCAGAACGAAUCCCUUCCUGUGUCAGAUUUGUCCAUUGUUGAAGAAGUCUCUAUGGAAGAAUCCGCUGAUGAAGGAGACAUUUCUAAUAAUCAGAUACUUGCCACGAGCCUCAGAGAUCUGCAUAAACUUGAAGACGAACAUCACCAGAUGCACCUUUCAGAAAACAGCUGGGCAGUGCCCAGUGAGAAGAGUUCCAACAAGCAUGUACUACAAGAAAAGCAGAAUACAGCAUCUCUUGGUAAAAUAAAUGCCAAACAAAUUUUAACUAAUGAUGUAGAGUUUGAUAGUGUUUCAGAUAAGUCUAAAACAGUUAUGAGCUUCUCUUUCCAAGAAAAACAAAGAAGUGAAUCUUCCCAAGUAUAUCAACAUUGGGCACAUUCUUUGGAUCAGGAUAGUUUAGCUAAUAAGUCAAUUACACAUCAAACGUUUGGAAAAACUUUAAGUGAUGCAAAUUCAAUUUCCCAAGAAAUUCUAGACUCUAUAAAGAAUGAAGAAUUGACAGAUGAACUAUUAGGGUGUCUAGCUGCAGAACUAUUAGCUCUUGAUGAGAAAGAUAACAACUCUUGCCAGAUAAUGGUAAAUGAAACAGAUCCUGAAAACCUAAAUCUUGUCUUCGGUAGAAAAGGAAAUACCAUGCAAGAAUUUGGGGGAGAAACAAAUGUCGAAAUACAGAGACAUAGGAAUGGGCUCAGGAUAUAUGACAAGGAGGAAAUAUUUUUCAAUGAAAAGAUAUUUUCUGAAACUAGUUUAAAGUAUGAAGAACCUGUCCUGUGGACCAAGGGUGAGAUCCUUGGGAAGGGAGCCUACGGCACAGUAUAUUGUGGUCUAACUAACCAAGGACAGCUAAUAGCUGUAAAACAGGUGGCUUUGGAUACCUCUGACAAAUUAGCUACUGAAAAAGAAUACCGGAAACUGCAAGAAGAAGUAGAUUUACUCAAAGCACUGAAACAUGUUAACAUUGUGGCCUAUUUGGGAACAUGCUUGGAAGAGAACACUGUAAGCAUUUUCAUGGAGUUUGUUCCCGGUGGCUCAAUUUCUAGUAUUAUAAACCGUUUUGGGCCAUUGCCUGAGAUGGUGUUCUGUAAAUAUACAAAACAAAUAUUGCAAGGUGUUGCUUAUCUCCAUGAGAACUGUGUGGUACACCGAGAUAUCAAAGGAAAUAAUGUUAUGCUCAUGCCCACUGGAAUAAUAAAGCUGAUUGACUUUGGCUGUGCCAAACGUUUGGCCUGGGCUGGCUUAAAUGGCACCCACAGUGACAUGCUUAAGUCCAUGCAUGGGACUCCAUAUUGGAUGGCCCCAGAAGUCAUCAAUGAGUCUGGCUACGGAAGGAAGUCAGACAUCUGGAGCAUUGGCUGCACUGUAUUUGAGAUGGCCACAGGGAAGCCCCCACUGGCUUCCAUGGACAGAAUGGCAGCCAUGUUUUACAUUGGAGCACACCGAGGACUGAUGCCUCCUUUACCAGAGCACUUCUCAGAAAACGCAGCAGACUUCGUGCGUGUGUGCCUAACCAGGGACCAGCACGAACGACCUUCUGCCGUUCAGCUCCUGAAGCACUCCUUCUUGAAGAGAAGUCAUUGAACAUACAUCAAGAUUUUCUUUCCAGUUUUUUUAUAGAUACUUUGUUAUUGCUUCAUUGUGGGAAUGAUGGUUAAGGGACCUUUGUCUGCUGGAAAGUCAAUCUUACUCAAUUUAACCAGAUCCUACAGUGUCAUUAACUGAAAAGUUUGCUACAUAUUAGUCUCCUCAAGCUUCAGGAACAAUUACUCAUGUAUAUGAGAAAUUUUUCUUAAUAACAAGAACAGCUAUUCCAAUAUUUACAGUUUUAACUACCCAGGAACUAUAAUCUUUGUUGCUUACAAAAUACAUUUUUUUUAUUUUUGGCCUGUCAAUUUUAACAUCGUUAGUUUAAAAUAAAUUGUAAAAACAUGAAAACUACAUUUUCUUGCUUGGUGCAUAAAGACACGUACUUAAUUUUUGCAAAGGGUACUUAAGGAAAAUGAGAAGUUUAAAGCAGGGGACGCUAGAUUGUUUACUUUGGUGGCAAUCUUAAAUUUACAGAUUAUAGGAGCUUCAAGAUUAACAGAAGAGCUAAGGGCCAAGGUAUUUUAUUGUCAGAGGGUCCCCAGUCUUCUCAGAAGCCUCCACCUACAAGAAGCUGGGUUAUUUAAGGUGGCUUCAUAAACCUCAGGCUGCUUUCCCUAUAAUUUAUGUUAUUUGAGGUCUUCACUUAUUUGCGGAGUGAAUUAGGUCAUUACCACAUCUAGAACUAGCUGAACCAAAAUCAGUUGGAUAAAGGGAGAGUGGGUCAGCAUAUGAACUUUUUCAGGGCACUUGUCUCAGUUCAUCUGAAUGAAGGACAUCCCUACUUUCACUUCUGAAACACUGGUAAACCUUACAAAAAUAAACAUGGACAAGUUGUCAGAAUUAUUACAAGCCCUUAAGUUUGUGGAUUAAGCAUUUUUUUUCAGCUUUCUAUCACUGUCGACUUCACUCAUCUAAAUUUCAUUGACACCUAUUGUUUUAAGCUGUAUCUACAGACUUUAAAAAAAAACUGGCUGCUAUCAUUUCCGGAUAGUACAACUCCACACUAACUUAAGGUGUAGUCUAACACCAGUUGUCAGGCUUUGUUAAAAUCAAGUUGCUGCUUAAAGCUUUUGAGAAAUAAAUAUGAAAUCAUGCGGUCCAGCUGAGGUAAAACAGAUUUUACUUUGGCUGUGUUUUGAUGAAUCUUCAUGGGUAUGCCUUCCCUUUCUCUCCAAUUUGUAGUUCUUUUCUCAUAUUUGAUAGGAAUUUAAGGGAUACGUCCCUUAUUUUACUACAGGCAUACCUCAUUUUUUUGUGUUUUGCUUUACUGUGCUUCACAGAUUUUUUUUUUUUUUUAAUACAAAUUAAAGGCAAGGCCCUCCCUCCAUUAGUAAAAAGAUUACGACUCAGUUUUUUUUGCAGUGCUUUGGAAGCAUAUCUGCAAUACCUCCAAUGUAGGCCUGCACUUGUCUAUAAACAUAACCUGAAACAUCAUUUUGGAUCUUCAGUAUUCUUUAAAAUCUGAAUGGUUAAAUGUGAUUUUGGAGCAAUUAACUAUUUACAUUCAAGGCUAUUAAACCUUAUGAGGAAAGGGCAGGGAAUAUGUUUAUGUAUACAAAUCACAGCAAUGGAUAAGACUUUGGUGUUAACAAACUUACCCUUCUAUUGAUAAAUUCUGAAUACAGUUUUGGAAUAUUAAAUAGAGCCUUCAAAACUUGUUUCAAUAGGCAAGCAUUGGUCCUAAGAGCUUUGUUGUUUUGUUAGUCAUUGUGUUUAUGACAUGACAGGUUGGAAUUAUGCUCACCAUCACCUAGGUAUUUGUCGUUUAUAGCUUCCUUUAUGAAGGUCUGGGAGAUUAAGACAGAUAGGUGGGGGCUGGGAAGGCUAGCAUUUAUUGAGCUCUUAGUAGAAAAUGGCACAUCAUUUAAUUCUGGCUGCUGUUCAGGUUGGUAAUAUUAUUCUCAUUUUAUUAAUGAACAAUAAGGCGCAGAGCUAAGUAACUUUCUCAAGGCCAUCCGAUUGGUAGGUGGGAGUUGAAAUUGCCACCCAGAUUGCUCUGACUUUAGAGCUCUUUCUCUGCUACCUCCCAGAUUUGUAGUUUAUAAAUUCACCAGUCUAGUGAUUUUGAUUAAUGAUGUGAAAAGCUGUUCAUUUUUCACCUAGCCGCAGUAACUUCCUUCCCCUCUACGACCACCUCCCUUUUCACCAAGUACAGUGCCGUUUUCACAUUCAGAAGUGCUUUUCAUUACGUACUGAUUCUUCCUGUAUGCUCAACCAAAGGAAAUUUAACUCCAUGAGUAAACUUCUAAAAGCAGUUCCAACUCUACAGCAUCUCCUUAAUUUAACCUACUUUAGCUCUUACACUGUGGCCAUUUCUCAGUGGCUGAAUAAGGAGAGUUGCCAUUGUGGAAAAGAGUUGAGCUCUUAACUAUGGGAUUGGGGAGUGUACAGUAUUCCAUUUACUUGCUUUAUCCAGAUCCCUUGCACGCCCACUACAAUAGUUCUGGGCCUUCCAUGGUGUAAUGAGUAGCUCCAAGAUAAGAACUUACUUAACCUGUUCAAUGAGCAGCCAAAAUCCUCCACCAUCUUUAUUCCUCAUACUUGCUGCACUUGAAACUGUUCAGUUUAAAGCAGCCUAUGUAAUUUGAAUUUAAAAAGUCUUGCCAGGUGAUGCCAAUUUGAAAAUACAUGCUGUAGGCAGUCUGCAUCGUCAUUGGUCAUCAACAGUUAACAAGGAGUCCUUGUGUAUGGCAUUAUACUGUGAAAGUUAAAAUAGCAAACACUCUCGAGGAAAGGCUAUGGUAUGUUGUCUUGUUGCCAUGACUGCUCAAACUUGUGAGAAACUAUGGCUGAAUUCAUCCCUAAAGCAGUUGCUCCUACAGAUUACAACUUGAAAGACUAAAGAAAUCUGACCUUGUAUGGUCUAUAUAAAUACAUAAGCCUCUUAACUUCAUGGCAAUGUAAAUCCUCAUUAGUGAGGUCCUACAUUGCUUUGAGAGGUGGUGUUGGAGAGGACAAGCAGGUCAUAUAGCAGAGGUAAAACAAAAAUAUACAAAUUUUUCCAUUAUACUGAAAACAGCAGGGGGGGAAAAGGUAACAAUGGAGUAGGAUGAAUCACCGAAUGGAAUGACUAAAUUUGGCCAAGUGGAAUUACCGACUCUUUAACAUUCCUAAAUGAAACUCAUUAUAUAUACGCUAAUAAAAUAAGCCUUUACUAGUGUUAUAAACAUAAGAUAAAAACAAACCUAAUGUGAUUUCAAAACAUUCAUUACAUUUAGGCUUAAAAUGUAUUUUAAAGGAAGUAACUUUUCUAUCUUAGUUCUAUUUUAUUAAAGCCAUUGCAAAGCUUCCAUUUCCUAAGUGGCAGGUGCAAAAAAAUUGGUGGGAGAGAGGAGGGUUGGAGAAGAGUGGCAAUACUAAAGCAACUUAUGAAUAUUUUUUCAUGGAUAAUUCUCCUUCCAGAUAAUUGCAAUUACUCUGCUUUUUGUGGUGAUGUGAGAGAUUAAAACAGCAGGCAUGUUGUGUUUACUGCACCUGGCUUUGCCUUCAUCAUUCCCUCUAAUACCCAAAUAUAUAACUAUCAUUAGGAUGCUCUCCCACGUCAUCUAUUCUUUUUAGCCUUCACCAAUCACCCUAGCCUUAAACUUCAUAAACCUAUGAAUAGGCACUAUUAUCAACAUUUUGUAGGGAAGGAAAUCAAGGCACGAAGUAAGUCACCCAAAGUCAACAGGUACAAAGUGGUGGGGCUGAGAUUGGAAUUUGGACAGUCUGAUCUUAGAGGCCACUCCUUGAUGAUAUACGAAGUACUCAGAUCAGAUAACUUAGUCCUUAUUUCCCACAUUUCCCAGGGACUCAAAGUUUUUUCUGAUUCACAUUAACAAGACAUGUUAGAGCCUUGGAUUUACAUUGUCAACAUACAAAUUUUAUUAAUUCUUUGUAAUAGAUACUGAGCUGAAAUUCAGUAAACUAAAUGAAUUCAUGCCAUAUAUAUACAUUCCUGUUUUGGCUUUUCUAUCAGCAAACAUCCUAUUCGAUAGUCCUUCAGGGUUUUGAGUACAUCCAGAAAAUGAAAUCUCAACCAUUGCUGACAAAAAAUGAGUACAUGUUAAGUUUUUCAAACCAAGUGAAACUGCUUGAAAAACGCACUUUAAAGAUAAGAAUGUACUCAUUAACAAACAAUAGACAAAUGAAAUUAAACCAACUACUAAACAGUUUUUAAGUGAGGGUUCCUACCAGAACUUAGAAAUAAAGGAAACUAGAAAGCCCUCAGAAUUCACUUUUGAGAUUAAUGGAUCACAGUGAACGGGUCAAGUCAUAUUUUUAAGAAAAUUACCCCUAGCCACACAACCUUCAACGUAUCUUGCUUACCAACCUAAAGAACCUGUCAGGUAGAACAGAUACUGGUAAAUUAUACAGAACAUAAAGAGGGAUCAUCGAAGCAAAAGCUGGCUGUGCCCAACUCUAUAUAUUGCGUAAUAAAAAAUGGAUGCAUGGUGUCAGACACUAACACUGCGUAUUCCAGACCCACUGGCAAGAUUAUCACUACUGUAAAGAUGUUUCAGAGGCAAACUUCUUACAAAAUAAGCAAACUCCUGAUUAUUUGGCUUAUAUAUGUCAGCUUACAGUGAUCAAAUUUUGG